AUGAGCUUCUCAAUCACUGAAGAAAAGAACAUUGCAAGCGACACGAUGCCCAAUAGCUCCACACACUAUGGCAGAGAUGGAGACCUGCUGUUACGGGUGACCGAGGAGCGGACCGAGGAGCGGGCCGAGGAGCGGGCCGAGGAGCGGGCCGAGGAGCGGGCCGAGGAGCGGGCCGAGGAGCGGGCCGAGGAGCGGGCCGAGGAGCGGGCCGAGGAGCGGGCCGAGGAGCGGGCCGAGGAGCGGGCCGAGGAGCGGGCCGAGGAGCGGGCCGAGGAGCGGGCAGGACAGCGACGGAUUUAA